CCGGAAAAGCCUGAACAAAAGUAAAUCUCCGAAGGUGGUGAGACUACAUGUACGGCACGAUAGCUUUAGAGUUGCAAGAGCGAGAAUGCAAGGGUCUCGUUGUCUCGUUUGCUUCUCCUCGGCGCUGGGACGGUAGACUACCGUAGGCUAUCGGGUUCGUAUGGCUUGGCUCCUCAAAAGGACCCCGAACCUUUCAAGAAAAGGGAGCUACUGCUUGCUUACACAAAUUUAUUUUGCGGUGGCUACUCAUCAUCUUCUGAGAAAAGGAAGCUCCACACGUGGAACCUAGCAGCAGUUUGAUUGUCUUCUACCAGUAAAUUCAUUUCAUCUUUAGGCAUCACGAUGCAAGCAGCAGCCCAAGACGAAGAUUUCAGAAGGCAUGAUGAUGCUGGCUCCAACCAACGUCCACCUCAGGUACCAGACGAAGGACUGGAUCUUUGGCAGGAAGAAGUCGUGGCAGAUGGUGCCAAUGCGGAAGCUGUACUAGUAGCCGUGAACGAUAAUGGAGCCAACGACGACGAAAUCGACAACGUUCAAGAUGAAAGUGACAGCAGUGAAAGUGAGGAAGAGGAGGAGCAGGAGGAGGAUGUCAAUCCCGCAGGCCCUGCUGCCGUUGAGUUGCCACUUGGUCCUUUUGAUCAUCGUCGAAUGCAACUCACCCAUGCGGAGCGCCAAUGGGCUCUCGACAUUAAACAAGCCAUUGAAGAUGAACCGGAGCUGGAUUCCGUCUCUGACUUUUGGGUAGCUCAACUAGCAUUGAUUGACCAAGGCGAUACUGCAGCGUCUCUAGAGCGAGCACACCAGAUGCAGGGCCUUAGACAAGAGUAUGGAAUCUUGGAUACCUACGAGCAUGGAAGGCAAGCUAUCCAUGACUUUAUGGAUCUAUUCCCCGAGCUUCUCCUAUCAUUCAGUUUCAACCAUGUGUAUGGGACAUAUGUCUUGGUGUUUGACACUGCCAAGCUGUACGCCAAAACCCUCAACACGAAACCGGGUGCCAUGGCAACUUGGCUGAGCGCAAUCUACUACGUGAAUCAUUGCAUGUCGCCGGAUCUGGAAGCCAUCAGAAGUGGUGUUGUGUACAUUGUGGAGUGUGAAGGCUUUGAAUGGAGCAAACACUUUGGACUGCAGAUUUUCAAAAAGUUCUGGCUCGAAUUGGGUACGGUCUAUCCUUUUCAAUUCAAACAGAUGCGUUGUUUUCAUACUGGUUUGUGUUUCACGUUGAUGGUGUCAAUGGUCAAACAGUAUUUGCCCGCCAAAGUCCAUUCCAAGUUUACUGUUGGGAAUCUAUGCAGCCUUGGGCGAUUGGACAAUGUCUACUACUCACCAGGGGUUGAGUUUGCUAGAAAUGUGCUGAAGCUCCGAUUGGGAGAAUCCUUGGACAGGAGGUACAGAAAUGAGGCUUCCUUCUCUCUGUGAGAGUGACAGAUGAAAUCUGCAUUCUGUUGUACAUGUAUGCAACUGUGUUCUUCCGAUGAAUCCAUUGGAUUUUCAACCAUAACACUAUAGUAGCUAGAUAAGCUGGCUGACUGAGCCAAGGGGAAGAUAGGAGAAAAUGAAAGGGCAAGGCUGUUGAUAUUUGUGCGGAUUGCUGCGGAGCCCAACUCCUACGCUGUACGGAAUGCCUGUAGAACGACCAGUCGAGGUGUCGUGGGUCAAUGGUGUCUGUUGAUGCAGUACUGUAUACUACACAGUCUCUCUCUAUCAAUGCAUGUCAUCGGAUCUCGACGCUAUCAGAAUGGGUAUUGUGUUCAUUAUCGAGUGCAAAGGAUUCGAAUGGAGCAAAAACUAUGGGCUGCAGAUUUUUAAGAAGAUGUGGAUCGAAUUGGGUACUGUCUAUCCUUUUCA